AUGGAGAGCAUGCUCAGCCGGUCUGGUCCUUUCCCCGCCCAUGGAGACCGCAACUCCCCCUGGCCGCCCACAUCGGCCAGCGCAUGGACCGGCGUGACGCUGCUGUUGCAUCGCUAUUUCAGCAGCAGGGGGACGCGAGUCGCCAUUGUCGAGUAUAACCUUGCCAACCUGGCUGCGUGGGUGUCGAAUAUCGCCCAACAGAUCGGGGGCUACUUUACAGAUGCGUGGAGAGCCCCCGAAGGGGCUGAAUAA